AUGCGUGGCUACGAACUUCCACCUGCAAAGGGGUCAAAGUACGACAAGGAUGCCAUGGAUGAGUUCUUCUACGGCUACGAGCCUCUUCAGUCGCAGGACCUGGCCGAAUGCGCCAUUUACAUGCUCAAAAGCAAAGAUCGUGUGGCCAUAAAGGCGCUGGAUUGCGUUCCUACGGCGCAGAGGGCACUGGCAAGGUUUGACGGGGAGUGGAACGACAGAAACGCAGCGCGUGGGCGGGUAGACUCGCUCAAAGUGCUAUGGAUAAGAUUGUUGUAUGAUAGCAAACAAUCAGGUUGCGCAUGCAUCGACUCUUAA